AUGCAUACGCUUGAGAAGGUGAAAAUCACAACUCUACACAGCCGACCCAAGAUAGCAGGGACAAUAGCAACAGUUGCAGAAGCGAUGGUCAUGACAUUAAUGAGAGGCCCACCGGUUGAUUUGCUUUACCAUGCCCAUGAAAAUGCAGCAGGGGCUGAUAGAGGUCCUGUUUCUGUGAUGGCUUUUAGCCCUCUAUGCAUGGUUAUAGUUGCUGUCAUGAGUUCCAUCAUUUUGGUAGAGAAAAUGUACCUGGCAGUUGCUGGUCUAUAUCUUGUUGUGUGGAGAAAAAGCAAGGACUACAACUCGUCUCCAACAGUUGAUGACCAAAUGAUACUAACAAAACAAACAACAGACCCAGGGAAUCAUGAGAAAGAAAACUUUGAUCAACAAGUUGCACAACCCAUCCAACAGAUAUAG